CUUGCCAAGACCGGAGCCAUUCUUCAAUCAGCGAACGCACUAUCGCCGGUUCUAGCCGACCACCGCAGGUUUUGGCUCACCCCGUCCCCGAUUCUUCCGGACACGGGGCAUCCCUCAGCACAAUGGCGUCGCCCAUGCCCAUCCAGAGGAUGCAGGCGCCGUUGCGGCGCUCUCUCGCACGCGCCGCCGCGCUCUCAUCCCGCAGCUAUGCCACGAUUCCAUCCCCCUCCGAUGCGCAGCAGCCGCAGCCCCAGUCCGCCACCACAUCCCCAGACGCCAGCACCCCCGGCAAGCCACGCCCGACCUACUUCAAAGACACCGUAGUCGCUCCCUUCUCCGACUUCCUCCCCUCCUCCGGCCCGCUCCCGCCCAGCGAGGCCUACGCGCCGCGGACGGCCACGGUCGGGCCCGAAGGGCGCAAGCAGACCAUCACGCGGCUGCCCGACUGGCUCAAGACGCCGAUCCCGUCGGCGGGGGCGAACCCCAACUUCGCCAAGAUCAAGUCGGACCUGCGCGGGCUGGGCCUGCACACGGUGUGCGAGGAGGCGCGGUGCCCCAACAUCGGCGAGUGCUGGGGCGGCAGCAGCCGCGCGGCGGCGACGGCGACCAUCAUGCUGAUGGGCGACACGUGCACGCGCGGCUGCCGCUUCUGCAGCGUCAAGACCAGCCGCACGCCGCCGCCGCUGGACCCGCACGAGCCUGAGAACACGGCCGAGGCGCUGGCCCGCUGGGGGCUCGGCUACGUCGUGCUGACGAGCGUCGACCGCGACGAUCUGGCCGACGGCGGGGCGCGGCACUUUGCCGAGACGAUCCGGAGGAUCAAGGCGAAGAAGCCGACCAUACUGGUGGAGGCGCUGACGGGGGAUUUUGGCGGGGAUUUGGAGAUGGUGAAGGUUGUGGCGGAGAGCGGGCUGGAUGUGUACGCACAUAACGUCGAGACGGUGGAGGGGCUGACGCCCUAUGUGCGGGACCGGAGGGCGACCUUUAGGCAGAGCUUGAAGGUGCUGGAGCACGUGAAGGCGGUGAGGGGGAAGGAGGGUAUCAUUACCAAGACGAGCAUCAUGUUGGGGUUGGGCGAGACGGAGGAGGAGAUUUGGGAGACGCUUAGGGAGCUGAGGAAGAUCGACGUCGACGUCGUCACCUUUGGCCAGUACAUGCGGCCUACCAAGCGCCAUCUCAAGGUCGAGCGGUACGUCACGCCCCAGGAGUUCGAGCUCUGGAGGCAGCGUGCCCUGGACAUGGGAUUUUUGUACUGCGCCAGCGGCCCCUUGGUCCGGUCGUCUUACAAGGCCGGUGAGGCGUUCAUUGAGAACGUGCUGAAAAAGCGAGCCGGCGAGAAGGCCAUGGCUGCCGGGAGUCUCGACCAGGCUGCCGCGGCCGAGGAGGCGAGCGGCAAAUCACUGUAAUGAUAUCCAUCAAGUUGAAAAAGCAAGUUCAACAUUGUCGAAUGGCGUUUCACACACCAUUCAAAGGUAUACGGGGGCACGGGAU